AUGAAAGACACAGAGAUCACAAUUGAAGGAUUCCCUUCUAGAGAUGAGUUCGUAUUCCGCGACCCGUGGGGAGGCAUCAGUCUCAUGUUUGCUGCUAAUCAAACACACAAAACCCUUAUGCCCAAUACUACAUACAGAGUGCUGGAACCAGCUGCCUUCUCCCUCUCUGCCGACCGCCGGUUCCUGUUACUUGCGCAAAACGUGCGGAAGAUCCACCGCCACUCUUAUCUCGCAAGAUAUACGGUCUACGACAUACUAACUACUGAAUCUUACCCUCUCACACCAUUACCCGAUGAAGUGGGAGGCGGAGUAAUCACCGAAGGACCUUCGUUACUCCUCGCAACGUGGACACCCAAAGGCCAUGGGCUUAUCACCGUCAAAGACUACGAUAUAUACUACAGGCCGGCUCCUAGGUCUUCGACGGGAUAUCGCGUCACGGAUACUGGUGUUCCAGGAACAAUUCAUAAUGGAGUACCAGAUUGGUUGUAUGAAGAAGAAAUUUUGGGUACCCGAUCAGCACUGUGGAUGUCAGCAGACGGACACAUGGUGCUAUACGCCACCUUCAACGACAGUCUCGUACACGAACAGAAGUAUCCUUGGUAUGGAGCAGCUCUGGAUACCGAUGAUCCAGCCAAGACAUAUCCAGAGAUCAGGAGCGUUCGUUACCCGAAGCCAGGGACCAACAAUCCAACGGUGACUCUCACGGUGGCUGAUAUCGCAGACCCAAAGCACAUACGAACGAGGCACCUCACGCCGCCGAAAGUUAUACUUGAAGAGGGAGACUAUUACUUCACAAGCGCUCAGUGGGUGUCUCUCACGGAGGUGUGUGUCGUGUGGCUCACAAGGAUGCAGAAUCUAUCUGUUGUUUCGGUCUGCAAAAGCCCUAUGUGGUAUUGUCAAGAGGUAUACAGAAUAUCAGCUACAGAAGGCUGGGUGGAAUCAGCCCCUGCUCCACUUUGGUCUGCAGGGGGAGGUGCUCUCGUGACCCUGGCUCCAGUGAGAGAUGGUCCAGCAGGCUUAUUUCGUCACAUAGUGAGGACUGAACACAACGCACACGGACCUAGAGCUCUUCCAUUAACACAUGGAAGUUUCGAUGUGGUGCAGCUGUUGGCAUGGGACCAUGCGAAUCAACACAUUUACUACAUGGGUAUACCGGAGGGUAAACCAGGCCAACAGCAUCUUUAUCGGGUGUCAUCUGAAGCUCCUCGACCAGGCUCGCCUCAGAAACUGCCCUACUGUGUCACCUGUAACUCACAGGCAAGUGUUUUCCAACUGCACGUGUCUAAACAAAAGAAUAAGAUAGGCAAUAAACAAUGUAAUAAAGCGGAAAACAGAAAAAUAUGGCGACGGCCCUCUCCAUCAAUAAACUUGGAAUACUACGGCAGCCUGGCAUCUUCAGGAGACAGCACCUGGGACUCGGAGUGGGAUGAAGAGCUUCCUGCCACGUCACCAUCACCCACGAAGAAAAAGAAGAAGAAGUAUCUUGAUGGUCUACAGCAAAAUUUGCCAUGUCUCUACCACGAGGCACACUUCAGUCCGUCGUCAGCAUACUUCGUACUCGAGUGCCUGGGUCCCGGAGUACCCACUUUUAGUCUUCACAAAACUGCAUUGCCGGAUCCAAGACUAGUUGCGCACUUGGAAAAUAACACCGUUGUCAAGGAAAAGUUAGCAGCAAUAGCGCUGCCAACACCCCGUACAUUUUCCGUACAACUGUCAAGUGGACACGCAGCAAGAGUGAGACUCUUACUGCCUCCAGGCCUCAGAGAAGACGAAGUUACAAAGUAUCCGUUAGUACUGAAAGUACACGGAGCUCCUGGCACGCAGCUUGUAACAGAGCGCUGGUCCUUAGACUGGGGUUCAUUAGCAGCUGGUGCUGGCGCCAUUCUCGCUUCUGUAGAUGCGAGAGGCGCCGGUGGACGAGGUCUUGGCGCUCAUCACGCGCUACAUCGACGGCUGGGAACCGUCGAAUUAGCAGAUCAGUUGGAAGUUGCCGAGUACCUCCGCGACUCCCUCCACUUUAUAGAUGCUCGCCGCGUCGCAGUGUGGGGAAGAGCACAUGGAGGAUUCCUCGCAGCGCUCGCCUUAGCCAGCACGUUGAACGUGUUCCAUUGUGGGAUUGCCCUUACACCUAUUGUGCGUUGGCGAUACUAUGCCUCGGCCUACGCGGAACGCUACAUGGGUUUUCCAAACGCGACAGGCAACUACCGAGGGUAUGCUGACGCUGACGUCACGAAACAAGCGGCAGCGUUACACGACAAAAUGCUGCUCCUGGUACACGGGACAGCUGACAAUAAUGUCCAUGUUCAACAAAGCAUGGCGCUAGCAAGAGCGCUCUCUGACCAGGGGAGCAUGUUCAGACAACAGAUCUACCCUGACGAGGGUCACAGCCUCGACGGCGUAAAACGACACUUGUACCGAACGAUGUCAGCAUUUCUGGACGACUGCUUCCGCAAACAGGUCCCGCCUGAGACCAAGGCAGGACUACGUAAUGGUGGGAAUCUGGACUGA